UGGGCACGCCACCGACUCGCGCCCGGCGCUGCCGGCCGCCCUCCGCGGCCCUUCCCUUUCCCCGGGGCGGAGGCGGGCCCGGAAGGGGCUGGCGGGGCCGGGGCUGCGGCUGGGCCGAGGCGCCUGGGCUUCGUCUCCUCUCCGGCCGGCCAUGGCGCGCCUCGCCUCCCGGCUCCUCCGCCUCGCCUCGGGCCCGGGCCCGGGCCGCGCCGGCCUGUGCAGCCUGGGCUGCUGCGCCUCCUACCGCCUCCGCGACCGCCUGCACCCUCUGUGGCAGAGCCCCAUUACGAUUCCUGGGGGCAGUCGACAGUCUCCAAUCAACAUCCAGUGGAGAGACAGCGUUUAUGACCCUCAUCUUAAACCCUUGGAAAUACGCUACGAUCCAGCCUCUUGCCUCCAUAUGUGGAACAACGGGUACUGCUUCCUGGUCGAAUUUGAGGAUUCUACAGACAAAUCAUUUAUUACAGGAGGCCCCUUGGAAAACAACUACCGGCUGAAGCAGUUCCACUUUCAUUGGGGGGCCAUAAAUGACUGGGGCUCAGAGCACACAGUUGACUGUAAAGUUUUUCCUGCAGAGCUGCAUUUAGUUCAUUGGAAUUCUUGCAAGUACUCAAGUUUCGAAGAAGCUGUGAUGGAGGAUAAUGGCCUGGCGGUCAUUGGAGUCUUUUUGAAGAUUGGUGCCUUUCACAGCGGGCUGCAGGAGCUAGUUGAGGUUUUACCAUCGAUUAAACACAAGGAUAUGCUUGUCGAAUUUGAUGAAUUUGAUCCAUCCUGCUUGUUACCGUCAUGCCCGGAUUACUGGACCUACGCUGGGUCCUUGACCACCCCGCCACUGACCGAGUCCGUCACCUGGAUCAUCAAGAAGAAGCCAGUAGAAGUUGAUGAAGACCAGCUCGAGAUGUUUCGGAUGUUACUCUUUACCUCCCUCGGAGAGGAAGAAAAGAAGAUGGUGGACAACUUCCGUCCUCUUCAGCCACUGAUGGAUCGGAUGGUCCGUUCAUCCUUCCCAAGCCAGCACCGGCUGAACAUCGAAGCCUGGUCAGAGGAGCAUUCUCAACGGGCCAGCCAACAAAGGUCCCUCAAGGGAACUGUACAUCUUUAAGAGGAAAACAAGAUCAGAAGUGUUACUAGCACUUUAUAUAUAAAUCUGUAAUAUAUAAAUCUGGCUGCAUAUUAGAGGUCUAUAUUCCCUUUUGGGUUUAAGGGGGUGGCUCUUUCUUAACUUGAUGCUUCUCUGUUCCACAAGGUCCAAUCUUAUCUACCUCUGAAAUACAUAAGCUCUAACUUUAUGUGCAAUUUCUUUAUUUUUCACCAUAUCUUUGUGUCUUGCUGAAGGUUAGAUAUGUUCUGCGGUUGCUAUUUUGGGGCCAGAAAAUGAGAAAGAAGCACUUGCUUGGCAGACUAGCAAAGACUUGGUUUUCAGUGGUCUUCAAAGUAUCAUCUUAAAAACAGUUCCUUAGAAGCCAGUUCCAUUAAAACCAGUGGGACUGACAGUGAAAUCCUAAACCGAGUUACUCCAGUCUAAGCCCAUUGAUUUCAAAAGGCUUAGACUGGAGUAACUCUGCUUAGGAUUUCACUGCAACUUCCAGGUAGAGGGCUUGGGCUGUUGAGUUGUGUAUACAUACACACUGGUGUCUCUAGUACUAUCAUGCGUACAACUUAUGAAUAGAUGCUUGAUUUUCAAGGUUAAUAAAUACACUUCAAAGUAUUUGUGCCUAUAAUAUAACCGUUAACAAUAUUUAAAAGCUAUCCUUUGUCUAAAUUAACGGCUUUUGGGGUCGAGUUCACCUCACUCCAUUCUUUACCCAAUACUACAUGAUUGUAUUGGGGAGUCAAAUGUUACAGUUUCUGCAUUAUACAUCAAAGCACAAAAACAAACCUUAUUUAAACCCUUUUUAUAUGUCUGGUAAAAUGCAUUGACAUUGGAGUAAAUUGGGAACCGUGUUGUGCUGGGAUCUCAUGGGGUAAAGUUUUUGUUUACAUGUGUUGUAUUUUUAUCAAGCUUUACAAAAUGUGAGUGUUCUUUUUCUGCCAUAGUUUAUUUUCUCCUUUCUGACGCAGACUGGUUAUCUUCUUGCGCCAAAUAUAACUCAAGUGUGGCAAAAAUUAGAGUGCAGCUCACACCAUCAUAACUAUCUUCAAACUAAUUUAUUCUGAGACGGUAUAAGGGUUGAGAAUAGGAGCUCCGUUGUGGCAGCUGGUUGUUGCUGAUGAGAGAUGUACAGACGUUUGCAUUUCUGAUGCUGUCAGGAAAUGGAAUCAACGUGUAUGCGCCAGGGUGCUCUUUCGGAUUCCUUUUUAUGUCAAGCAGGGUUUAUUUCUCAUCAUUUUGUGGGCCUCUGUAUUUUUAGUAAAUACAUACGUACAUACAUCCUCCCCAUAACUUUGCAAUCUCUCUGUCUCUGUCUCUGUCUCUCUCUCUUCAAAUUAGUAAUAAGGUGGUAUGCUGAUUCUAGAGGGAUUUAUGUCUUCAGUUUAGAGACCAGGCGAAGAACAUUUCAGCUGUUACAUUUUUUUUUAAAUCAUUAACGUUGCUGCAUCUGUUAAACAUAAUAAAUAUUUAUGAAUUCCUUACAAUCUGUGGCCCAAAUUUAU